AUGGCGCCCCACCUCAGCAAGAGGGAGCUCGACCGCUGCUUCUCGCUCUAUGCCGCUGGGAAGACCCCGGUGGAGACACGCGACCUCGUUAGUCGGACCCGUGAGUCCCUCGACGAGACUGGGCCGGAUUUGACGACCGUCCGCCGGGCCCUGCGGGGCGCCACGCACAGGCGUGGCCCAGCGGAGACUCGCGGCCGCAAGCCCAAGCUCACGGCCGUCAAGCUCCGCGCCUUGAACAACGCGCGGGUUCGUUUGAUUCGGGCGGCCAAGGGCGAGGCCGAGGUUCACCUCAGGGACGUGAUGAAGGCCGCGCGGGUCUCCGACGUCCACAAGGGCACGGCCUCCAGGCACUUCAAGCGCCUCGGGGUCACCUGGCGCGCUCCCCGCGCGGAGCCGCUCCGCGGCUCCGCGGAGGCGGAGGAGCGCGUGGCCGUGUGUUCGGGGUGGAAGCGGCUCCCGGGCAACUAUUUCACGCACCAGGUCGAUGCCAUCAUCGACAAUAAGGUGUUCCCCAUCCCCAUGACCAAGCGGGCGAAGACGCACGCAAAGAAGAGUCGCGUUCGCGGCCACCUUCGCACCAAGGCAGAGGGGGUCCUCAAGCCUUUCACGAAGCCGAAGGGGAACCGGAACAGGGUGAACCCAGGCGCCAAGGUUCACGUGGCCGCAGCCAUCGUGAACAACAAGGUCCGCGUCUGGCACUACCUGCCCACCCUGUGGUGCGCCGACGCAGCCUGCGAUUUCUACGCGGGCGUCCUCGCUCCCGCGCUUCGCCGUUGCCGGAAGGGGCGCCGCGCCUUCCGCAUCCUGGAGGAUAACGACCCCACGGGGUACAAGAGCAAGAAGGCCGUUGACUGCAAGCGGGGGCUCAAGAUCACCCCCCUCAAGUUCCCCAAGUAUUCCCCGGACUUGAACCCCCUCGACUACUUCCUCUGGGCGGAGGUCAACCGACGAAUGGCAGAGCAGAGCGCGCCGGCCAAUGAGUCUCAGAGCGCUUACAAGGCGCGCCUCAGGCGCGUCGCCAUGGGCAUCCCGAAGAGCGUCAUCAGGGCAGCCGUGGCUAAGAUGAAGACGAAGGCGGCGGAGGUCGUCGUGGCCGAGGGAGGCAGGAGGCGGCAGGGCGCGUUGCCCGGCGCUUGCAACGUGGAGCUCGCGGCCGGCGCCGAGGCUUUUGCCGGGCCAGACCGAACUGCGCCAGGACCCGCGUCCAUGUCGACGGCGGACGCCCCAGGUCCUUUCGAGUUCUGUGGUGCUCUGAGGCUGUUGCGGCGCCGCUUGCGGCAGAAGACGGACACGGGGCGCGUGGUGCCGUCUCCCCCAGUCCCGUCCGCAGGCGUGGACGCCGAGGCCGUCGAAACCAAAGUCAUCCGGGACGCCUUGAAGGCCGUCUUAGUAGGCAAGGACUUGAAACACAUUUCGUUGCGUGAGCGUCGCCGCCAGGUCGCUUUGAAACUCGGUUUGCAAGAGCAUGCUUUGGACCAACGCAAGCACGAGUUCAAGAGCCUGACAACCGAGGUCGUUUCGGAAACGCAGCCCGACCAGGACGCCGCGUCGCCUCUGGAGACCGUGUUGGCUGAGGCCGAGAAGCCGGACUCGUUGCAGUGGGUCUACUUGGUGACCAUAUCGCGCGUCCUGGACGCGACCCUUCCCGACGGCCGCCAGUGCCGCGAUCUUGGCACGAUGAGCCGGGAGGACAUCGGAAAAGCAGUGGCCGACGCAUUCAACAAUCCGAUUCCGACUGGGUCCGCGGGCGGCCGCCCUAGGAAGGAACCGGACGGCCAAGCGCUCGUGUCCAUGGCGGUGGUGUUCCAGGAGAAGCACAAAGACGGCGCGAUCCAUUUCCACGUUGCUGUGAAGCUGACUAGGUCGGGCUGUUUCCAGCAGGCCAAGCGCACUCUGCGUGAGCGCCAUUUGUUGCCGAGCCAUUUCUCUGGUUCCCACCGGCGAAUGUGGAGCGCCGUGAGGUACGGGCAUAUGGAGACCCCAGCCAAACCAGAUGUCGACGACGCCCCGUGGGUGUGGCAGCCAGACUGGGCUGGGUUCGCGCGCGAGAACGACGCCAUCGACCUCUUCGAGAUGUCGCAGGAGCCAUACAUGGCAGGCGCGUGGGUGAAGCGCCGGGAGGCCACGGACAAGGCGGCCGGGGCGAUGGGCACGAAGACGACGUUCGAACUCGUAGACUUGACGUCGACCAUCAUCGCCAAGCACUUGUGGGCGAAGGACAGCCUGAUGGCGUACGUCCAGGACCGCGGGACGAAGGCCAUGCAGGGGUUCGUCCGCAGCCGAUUGCGCAAGCUGACGGCGGACCUUGAAGAGACGAAGGAGUGGGCGUCUGCCCGCGAGAACGCGGCCUUCGAGGCGGUGGACGAUUGGACGCUCGUGUGCCGCUGCGCUGAGGAGACAUGCCCCCAUGGCCCGGCGUGCUCGUACAGGUCAGCCGUGGAGACCAUCUUCUCCCGCAACGCCGCUUCUUUCGACGUUCGGGAGCUCGCGGCGUCUCUGCGGGACAUUCUGAUGGUCGGCCCGAAGAAGACGACGAGGGUGCCCUUCCUGGUGGGGCCGUCGAAUUCCGGGAAGAGCACGGUGGUUUACCCUUUCGACGACUUGUUUACUCCGAAACGGGUUCUGCACAAGCCUGCCUUGGGCCCCUCCUUUGGACUCCGGAACCUGGCCAGCGGCACGAAGCGGUUCAUCUUCUGGGACGACUUCCGGCCGGUUGAGUUCGCCCACGAGAAGACCGUCCCCGUCUCUUUGUUCCUGUCUCUGUUCGUCGGCCAGCACACCGAGAUCCAGAUUUCCCAGUCCUUCAACGACGGGAACAAGGACGUCUGCUGGAACCACGGCGCCGUUUUCACGGGCAAGCUGGAGGGCCUCUGGGAGACGACGAAUAAGGUGGGUGCGGAGGACAUCCGGCACAUGCAGAACCGCGUGAGGCAGUUCCCAUUCACCUCCGUCUUGUCGGACGGCUCUUUGCAGGACGUGCUCUCGUGUGCUCCGUGCAUGACCGCGUGGAUCGUCCGGGAGGCGGCAAAGUUCGACGCCGUCGGCGUUUUCCGCCCGGCGCCCGCUGCGCUGGCCGCGGCAGACGCGGGCGUGCCGCCUGUGAGCGGCUUCGACGACCUCAUGUCCGACGCGCGCAUACCCCGCGCGCAGGCAGACGCCUUGCUGGCGGAUGUCCGCGCGAUGGGUGCGGUUGCCGUGGACGAGGCGGGUCAGGAAGAUGAGAUGUCCACGUUCGUUCGCAAGCAGUACAGUGCCAGCCAGUUAGACUUCAAGCAAGCCAUGGGAAUGCCAGCUGUUGACGGGGGCCUAUCGGCGCAGGAAGCUCACAUGAGCAAGUACUUGUUUCCUGAGGCCAUCCAGGAGCUCCUUGUGACCCCCCUCGAGCACCUCCCAGCGUUUGGGCCACGUCUUUCCCUUCCUACCUUCGAUGACUUCGAGAAGGCUGGGGAGGACCUGGACUACAUAAAGAAACGCAGAAUGCGCAGCGAGACUCGCCUACCGUUCGCGCACAACUACGAGCAGGAUACCUACGGCUUGCUGAACGGCGACGUGAGCGCCGACUGGUACAAGCUGGGCACGCUGUACGGCGACGUGCGAGCACACCACCCCCUGUUCUGGCCGCUGAAUGGCGGUAGCGCCCGCGGCGCUAGGCAGACCGAGAGCGACGUGGAGGACACCGGCGCGGGGGACAAGAGCGAGAAGAUCGAGAAGAUCGAGAAGGACAGCAAGGCGCGCCGCAAGGGCGACAAGGACGGGGAUCAGGUGCUCUCAGGCUUUGAAGUGGUGCUCACAGCCGUCCUGGUGCUCAUGGCCAUUGAACCGUACGGACCUUGGCACCUGUCACUGGGAGUACCGUGCACUGCAAUGCUCACAGACCCCUCUAUGCCGAGGCGCCGCUUGCGGCAGAAGACGGACACGGGGUACGUGGUGCCGUCUCCCCCAGUCCCGUCCGCAGGCGUGGACGCCGAGGCCGUCGAAACCAAAGCCAUCCGGGACGCCUUGAAGGCCGUCUUAGUAGGCAAGGACUUAAAACACAUUUCGUUGCGUGAGUGUCGCCGCCAGGUCGCUUUGAAACUCGGUUUGCAAGAGCAUGCUUUGGACCAACGCAAGCACGAGUUCAAGAGCCUGACAACCGAGGUCGUUUCGGAAACGCAGCCCGACCAGGACGCCGCGUCGCCUCUGGAGACCGUGUUGGCUGAGGCCGAGAAGCUGGACUCGUUGCAGUGGGUAUACUUGGUGACCAUAUCGCGCGUCCUGGACGCGACCCUUCCCGACGGCCGCCAGCACACCCGAGGGGGAGUCGUGAUUGACGUGGAUGUUAUUGGGUGUGUUGGGGAACCGGACGGCCAAGCGCUCGUGUCCAUGGCGGUGGUGUUCCAGGAGAAGCACAAAGACGGCGCGAUCCAUUUCCACGUUGCUGUGAAGCUGACUAGGUCGGGCUGUUUCCAGCAGGCCAAGCGCACUCUGCGUGAGCGCCAUUUGUUGCCGAGCCAUUUCUCUGGUUCCCACCGGCGAAUGUGGAGCGCCGUGAGGUACGGGCAUAUGGAGACCCCAGCCAAACCAGAUGUCGACGACGCCCCGUGGGUGUGGCAGCCAGACUGGGCUGGGUUCGCGCGCGAGAACGACGCCAUCGACCUCUUCGAGAUGUCGCAGGAGCCAUACAUGGCAGGCGCGUGGGUGAAGCGCCGGGAGGCCACGGACAAGGCGGCCGGGGCGAUGGGCACGAAGACGACGUUCGAACUCGUAGACUUGACGUCGACCAUCAUCGCCAAGCACUUGUGGGCGAAGGACAGCCUGAUGGCGUACGUCCAGGACCGCGGGACGAAGGCCAUGCAGGGGUUCGUCCGCAGCCGAUUGCGCAAGCUGACGGCGGACCUUGAAGAGACGAAGGAGUGGGCGUCUGCCCGCGAGAACGCGGCCUUCGAGGCGGUGGACGAUUGGACGCUCGUGUGCCGCUGCGCUGAGGAGACAUGCCCCCAUGGCCCGGCGUGCUCGUACAGGUCAGCCGUGGAGACCAUCUUCUCCCGCAACGCCGCUUCUUUCGACGUUCGGGAGCUCGCGGCGUCUCUGCGGGACAUUCUGAUGGUCGGCCCGAAGAAGACGACGAGGGUGCCCUUCCUGGUGGGGCCGUCGAAUUCCGGGAAGAGCACGGUGGUUUACCCUUUCGACGACUUGUUUACUCCGAAACGGGUUCUGCACAAGCCUGCCUUGGGCCCCUCCUUUGGACUCCGGAACCUGGCCAGCGGCACGAAGCGGUUCAUCUUCUGGGACGACUUCCGGCCGGUUGAGUUCGCCCACGAGAAGACCGUCCCCGUCUCUUUGUUCCUGUCUCUGUUCGUCGGCCAGCACACCGAGAUCCAGAUUUCCCAGUCCUUCAACGACGGGAACAAGGACGUCUGCUGGAACCACGGCGCCGUUUUCACGGGCAAGCUGGAGGGCCUCUGGGAGACGACGAAUAAGGUGGGUGCGGAGGACAUCCGGCACAUGCAGAACCGCGUGAGGCAGUUCCCAUUCACCUCCGUCUUGUCGGACGGCUCUUUGCAGGACGUGCUCUCGUGUGCUCCGUGCAUGACCGCGUGGAUCGUCCGGGAGGCGGCAAAGUUCGACGCCGUCGGCGUUUUCCGCCCGGCGCCCGCUGCGCCGGCCGCGGCAGACGCGGGCGUGCCGCCUGUGAGCGGCUUCGACGACCUCAUGUCCGACGCGCGCAUACCCCGCGCGCAGGCAGACGCCUUGCUGGCGGAUGUCCGCGCGAUGGGUGCGGUUGCCGUGGACGAGGUACUCCCCGCGGACUGGGUCUGUCUGAAUUCGUGGGCCUUGCUGCUCCCGCUCCAGAAGCGCAGACUUCUUGGGCAAAUCGGCUCUCCGGUUUCGCCCUGA